CAGCAGCUGUUGCAUUGACAUUCUUGCACUGGAGGUUAACCAAACAUUUGUUUCAUAGCUGCUUUAAAAUUUGUUCACAAUGAAAACAAAAUGGCAUUGUUUGGAGAAUGUAAUCAAUUCCUUGUACAUGAGUGUGGUGAGGAUUUCCUACUCUUCGUUUUUACAAGAUUUAAUUUCCUGGAGAUAUAUUUCAUUUGGUUAUGACGUAGCUGUAUUAAUAUCCCUGGAUGUGUUAUCGUUAAUGUUUUCCAAUAUAAAGUUAUAAGUUUGAUCAAUGACACAGAUUAUAAGAGAAAAUCAUUUUGUGUGACAUUGCCUAAAUAGGACAGUAUCUUUUUUAAAUUGUUGUGUUAUUUUAUGAAGUGUUUAUAAAGCCUUUGAAAUUGCAUGGAUAAGGAGUGAAAUUCAAGACAUUUGUAAAGAACUGGAACUGUUUGUAUUAUUGUUUUACUCUUAAUGUCCUCAAUAGAUAUCAGACAUGAUAGUUUGUCUUGCAAUAAAUACCAUGGGAUAUAAAAAAAGCCGUUCAGUGGCAUGAAGCAAACAAUAAUAUCUGAAUAAUUUAAACAAAUAUUGACAUACAGUAACAUACAGAGAGAAGUAAAGAUGGUGAUAUAUUUUUACAAAAUAGAAAUCAAGUGGAAUAUAAUUAAAUGGGGAAGAAAAGUUUAAGGUGCAUGCUUAAGACAUAAAAUGUGUCAUAAGUUUUAUAAAGAAAGACAGUUUAUUUGACAUAAAAGUGAAUACAGAUGUAACAAUGGUCUUUAAUUCCCUGCAUACUUCUGAGAAAUUUAACAAGUACUAUAAUUGUGUUCAAAGAAGAUCAGGGAAUACUAGUAUAUAUACUAUGACAUUUUACAUAACUUAAAUAUUAUCUCAUGGGAAAGUUGUUGAAGUGAACUAAAGGAAUGCACUUUAAGAAGUUGCUAUUCUUCCAACAACUGAUGUGCUGAUAUUAACCUAGAAAUGUUCUUUUGUUUGGUGGAGAAACAUUUUUUGUGAUAGUGAAGUGAGGAAAAUGGUAUCAUCAUUAGCUCAGUUUUCACACUAUUGCAUAAUUUUUAACUGAUAACUGAACAAAAACUAGUACAUGAUUACAUGUAUGAAUCGCUUAUGCACUACUGAAUCUUUUUUCAGACCAAAGAUACUUGCACAAAUUACUUUAUUGAAUAAGCAGUCAUACAUGUAUUUAAAAUGUUAAUAAAAUCUCAGGUGUAUUUAAUUUUUCAAGUUUAAUGAUGGAUUUCACUUCACAUUUUGAUAUGACCUGUACUGAUUCUCAUCAGAGCUGAAUGUGAAACAAACCACUUAAAUGUCUGAACACUGAAGAAUCGAAUCUAUAAAAGAAUAAAGUGAUAUCGACAGGGAUUUUGACUUUAUGAUUAUUAUAUUGGCUCAUAUAUUAGAUUACUUUUAUCACCUGAAACAACUAAUUGCCAUAUAUAUGAAUCUGAUGAGACUUAUUAAAGUGGUUGUGAAUCUCCCACCACACAAUGUCUUUGAUUGAUCAUUAUAAUACAUUGUGAUGGCAUAAUCGUCUUUCUUCCUGGAUUGUGAAAUCAAAAGUUGCAGAGCAAUGAUAUGUCAAGGUACUUUUUGGUAUUUGUAUGUAAACAUUACCCUGGAAAACUAUGUUUGCUUUACUGCUUCAUACUAUUGAGCACAUCUGAGAAUUAUUAUUAAUUGCUUGGCAUUGUUAUGAAAGUACUAAUUGUUGGAUUUGUUCCUGAAGCAAAUAUGAUUAUUUCUUCUCUAUGGAUGAGAUUCUUUGACAUCUCCUAAGAGAUUUAGUCUAUACAUAAAGUACUUGAAUGAAAUUUGAAAGAAAUUGAAAGCAGUAAUAAAAUGGUUCUGUUACUUCCUAAAGGAUAAUUCACUUUACAGUCCUCCAAUCGAAGCUUGGGAAUAGGACGAAAGUGUUUCUGAAAUAAAGGUCACUAGAUGGAAUUCCUUAUAAAAUUUUGUAGCUGAUUCAAUGUUUCCAGUUACUUCAACAAAACAUGUGCAUUUGACAUCAAAUUUGUAUAACAUUGAAUUACAGUUCAGCGAUGAGGAUGGCAAAAAAAACACUUAUGAGUCCAGCAGUGAGAAAAAUAAGAAAGACAAAACAACUGAUUUCUCAGUGUUCAGUAAUGAGAUUGACAGAGACGUUAAUUUAAACAAGGAUUGUAAGCAAGGAAACAACAUAGAAGACAAUCAUCACUUGAUAUUCUACAAGGAUGUCAACACUUUGGAUUCAUCAGAUUAUCACAUUGACAAGAAUACAGAUGUAGAAUUAGGAGAAAGUGUAAAUUAUAAUCCAACUGAAAAUCAGCCUCCAAGACAUGAUGAUGUUAUUAAGGAUUCACCGUCAAAUAAGCAAAAAUUGUCGGAAGAGGAAAAGCAUACAACAUCUGAUACAAAAAAUAAGUUGGAAAAUAUUAUAUUAGAAAAAAAUCACAACAGAUGUGAACAAGUAGGGAAAGAUGAUACGAAGAACAAAGAUGAUACAGCAAAGAAAGAGGAUGUUUAUGUUUAUGAAGAUGAUGAUGAUGAUGAUGAUGUUGUAUUUGAUGAUAAUUUGUCAACAUCAGUAGUAACAGAACAGGUGGUACCUCUCAAUUUACAACAUUCCAUGACAGACAUGAACAAUCUGGCAAAAAAUCAAAGUUUAGAAGAUAAUAAUUAUACCAAGUUAACAGCAGCCGUAUUGAAAAAACAAGUGAACAGUAAUGACAAUGGUUUGCUAACAGUGCCAACUGGGUCUCACAAUAUUUCAUCUGAAUUUAAACAAAACAAAAGUGCUAAUGGGAAUUUUCUCAAAAGAGAUGUAAUUAGAAGAUUUGGUCCUGCAUGUCCGGUUAUUACCCGGUCAUUGUCAGAAGAUGUGCCAGUGAUUGUUCGCAGGCGAGGGUGCACUUUGCGUGUUUGUAUUGCUUCAAUCACAGAAGGAGAUCUUGAAAGGUUAAGAGAAUCUGAUGGAGGAGCACCCCAUUCACCCGGACCGCCAUUAUCUCCUAGUGCUAGCUAUAGACGAUCACAGGAGGACAUUCCCUUCUGUAAUCCUGGGGGUAUAAGACGACUGCAAAGGACGCUGUCAGAAGAUGUACGGCAGCGUAGAAGAGAAAGUCUAACUUUGCCAAGUUCUCCAAUAAGUGUUCCAAACAAUCUGGUUUCUGCAGGAUCCAGUAGUAGUAGUAGUACAAUAGGACAUAACUUGAAUGCCCUGCUAGAACCAACAAACCUGAUGAAAAUGAAGAAUACAGUGCUUGGUCAAUCUGCUCCUUCAUUAACAGCUGGAAUAAAAGAGUACAACAUGUUAACCAAGAGAGGGAAAGUUAGAAAAUCUCUUGUGAAUACAUCUCCAGUUCUGCCAAUAAGAUGUCCGUCUCCACAACCACCUCACGGUCACAGCCCUCAUGAUAGUCCCAGAAAUAUGUCCCCAAGUACUCACGGUAGUUUUGCUUUCAACUCAGCGCACAACCAAGUUAAAAAAUGUGAUGGUAGACGCUGGUCUUUUGCUUCCUUGCCAUCUUCAGGUUACGGGACAAACACUCCAUGUAGCAGUUCUAAUGUAUCGUCCCAGUACUCAUCACAGGAGAAGUUAAACCAGUUGCCAUACCACCCUAACAAUGAAGACUUGGGUCUUUAUGCUAAGCAUUUCAGUGGUCCCCAUGAAGGUCACAUGAUAAGCCUAGACGACAACGAUGGUAGACAUUCUCCACUGUCACCCUUUCAAAGACCUCGAUCUAGAAGCCUCAGUUUAUCCUGGCUUGCCUUGAUUGAUACUCCAGGGGCUUCCCCAGGGGGAGAUGAAAUAGUGAUGAUGAAUAGUGUAUAUAAAGACAGAUUUCCUAAGGCCACAUCACAAAUGGAAGAAAGGCUGAGGAAUUUUAUAGAUCUCCACAGUAAAAUGGAAAUCAACCAUGAAUGUGAUGCUAUAUCUAGAUUCCUACACAAACAGGUGUUAGAAAUGGCAAAGAAUACUCUGGAGAAAUCUGAACAGAAACAAAUUACAAGUUCAUACUUCUAUGAAGUUUCUGAGAGUCUAGAAAAGCUAGUAGAGGAUGCUGAAGAAAAAGAAGAAGAAGCAUAUAAUUAUAUCUACCCUUUGAUCAAGAAACUGUUACUUAUAAUAUCCAGACCAGCUCGCCUUUUAGAAUGUUUAGAAUUUGAUCCAGAGAAAUUUUAUAAAUUACUUGAAGAAGCAGAAGGACAGGUUAAGGCAACUGUAAAGAAGGAUGUCCCACAAUACAUAUUUAAUUAUCUAGGACUUAAUAAAGAAACUUUGAAAGAAUUAACAGACCCUCCACUGUUAGAUCCAGAUGAAAUAGAUACAACAGAUGAGGCAAGAAGUAAUGUACCAAAGUUUAAAACACCUACAGAAGAAGACUUUGAGACUAUUAAACUUAUCAGUAAUGGAGCCUAUGCGUCUGUGUAUUUAGUUCGACACCGAGGAACUAGACAAAGAUUUGCAAUGAAGAAGAUCUGUAAACAGAAUGUAGUUUUGCGAAACCAAACAGAACAAGUAUUUACUGAACGAGAUAUCAUGAGCUUUACAGACAAUCCAUUUGUAGUUAGCAUGUACUGUAGUUUUGAAACACAGAAACAUCUUUGUAUGGUAAUGGAAUAUGUGGAAGGUGGUGAUUGUGCCACUCUGUUAAAGAACUCAGGGGCUCUUGUUUUUGACUUGGCAAGGAUGUAUUUUGCUGAAACUGUUCUGGCAUUAGAAUAUUUACACAGUUAUGGUAUAGUUCACAGAGAUCUCAAACCAGACAAUCUACUCAUCACAGCUACUGGACACAUUAAGUUGACAGAUUUUGGUUUAUCAAAGAUUGGCUUGAUGAGUUUGACAACAAAUUUAUAUGAGGGAUCAAUGGACAAAGAUUGUAAACAAUUCCGAGAUAAACAGGUUCAGGGAACACCAGAAUAUAUAGCACCAGAAGUUAUCCUUAGACAAGAAUAUGGAAAACCAGUAGACUGGUGGUCUAUGGGAAUCAUAUUAUAUGAAUUUUUGGUUGGAAUAGCACCAUUCUUUGGAGAUACACCAGAAGAAUUGUUCUCUCAAGUAAUUAAUGAGGAAUUAGAGUGGCCAGAAGAAGAAGAUUGGCAGGUACGAGAUGAUGCUAAAGACCUAAUAGCUAACUUACUACAACAUAACCCAAUUAAUAGACUAGGUUCUGGUGGUGCAGCUGAAGUCAAGGAACACAUUUUCUUCUAUGGUUUGGACUGGGAUAAUUUACUGAGGAAAAAGGCUGAAUUUGUACCUAACCUAGAUGAUGAUGAAGAUACCAGUUAUUUUGAUCCUCGUUCUGAAAGAUACAAUCAUGAUAUAGAGACUGCAGAAGAUACUGAGGACGAACCAGAAGAUUCUCUCUUCCAUAGUUUUAAUUCAUGUUCUCCUCGAUAUAGUAAAGUCUACAGUAAAAUAGAAGAACUACAUGAGAAUCAAGAUGGUGAAUGCAGAAGGAGACAUUCCAGUGCUGAUGAUAUGAAAAUUAAAAUGUUAGAGAAGGCAACAUUAGAGAGAAAGGACUCUAACCUAUCAGAAAGCUCUGACACAUCAUUAGAACUACAGUCUAUCAUGAGACAGGAGACAUUAAGUACUGGUACAGACUCGACAGAUAAAACUGAUAGUACUAUAAUCAGAAUGGAUGAGGAUGUGUUCAGUUCCCCUGAAUGCACACCUAGAUCCCAACAUCCUAAGACAAGCACACCAGAGUCUGGCAAAUCUGAAAAGGAAUAUACUGCUACCAGGAAAGAGAAAGCACCGCCUAUUAAAAGUAUGAUUCCAAAGUUUGCUAUCUCUUCUGAUGAUGACAAUAUCAUAACAAGUCCUAAAGAAUUAUCCCCAGUUGACGAGAAUAAAGAGAAGGAACAUACCUCUUCUUCACGGAAACAUAUACAGAAAUCAGCUUCCACAACAGCUUUAACAUUGCUCAUCAAUCCAAAUGAUGAAUUUGUGGUCAAGCCAAUGACUUCACCAGGAGGAUCAAGUGCCAGCUCCAGAGACGGGUCCCCUUCACGAGACAUUUCACCAUUAGCUAGAAGUCUUAAACCACCUUUGAUAAUAAAGAAAGGGGCGAGAGGUUUUGGUUUCACUAUUAACAGUAUUCGAGUCUAUCAUGGAGACUCUGAUGUGUACAGUUUACAACAUAUUGUCACUUCUGUCGAACAAGAAGGUCCAGCGUAUGAAGUUGGCCUUCGUCCAGGUGAUCUCAUAACACAUGUAAAUGAUGAGCUGAUUCAUAGUUUACUGCACACUAAUGUUGUAAAAAUGAUUCUAAAAAGUGGGAAGGAACUGAGAGUCCGGACAGUUCCACUUGAGAAAUCAGGUAUAGAAACAAUAGUCAGAAAGAAACGUGCUCAUCCAGGGAAAAUGGCUCGUAGAGCAACAAAGAAGAAAAGUGCAAAGGAGAAAAAUACUGAGAAAAAGAAAAGUAGGUCUUUAUUUCGCAGACUAAGUACAAAAAAGACUGAUCAUAUUGUUUUACCACCAGGACCACCACCAACAGGAAGAUCUCACAGCAUAUCAGCAUUUAGUAAAUCUUGGUCUUGUGGUGAUAGCAGCCAUGGAAUGGUACGGUCAUCCCGCUCUCUUCCUAUACAAAUGCCAUGGUCACCAGACUCUUCUGCAGCAAAUUCUUCCAACAGUAGCUCACCUAGUUCAAGUACUCCAAAUUCUCCAGCAAGUAACUCCUCUCACUUUGGUCGACCAAGUUCUCUGCAUGGACUAGCGAAACACAAGAAGCAAGGAAGUUUGAAAUCACCACAUAGGAGGAAAUCAGUUCAUAAUAUUCCUCUAUCACCUCUGGCAAGGACUCCUUCACCCUCACCAUUGCCACCAUCACCCACCAGAAGUCCUAGUCCAUUAGCUUUUACACAAUCUUCUGCUGUUUACCAUGCAGGUACCUCAAAUAUGCCACAACAAACUUUUCCAUCACAGCUUAAUACUUCUGGAACCAAUUCGUCUUCACCACCAAAUCUGUCUCGGAAACAUUCUUUUACAAGACCAAAAAGUUGUGAGCCAAGUUCACCAUUGUUACGGAGAGCCUUAUCACCUGACAGGUUACAUCCUCAGUCUGCAGAAAAAACAAUCUUGCCGCCAAGAAAGGGGUCAUUACAAGAAAGGAAAUCCUCUCAUUUUGAGUCUUUGUGAAACCAGUAUAUAAUCAAGGCAUUAACGCAUAAAAUUCUUACUGUUAACCAACUUGGACUUGAAACAGACUAGUUCGUAUUAUUACUUCCAAAUAUUUUCAUGUGCAGCUUAGUAUUCUUUAGUGAUUUAUAGAAUUAUUAGCUUGAGUUAUUGUGAUAAUGAAUUCUAAUAUAAAUGCAUUGUCUUCAGUAAAUAUAUGUAUAAAUGUUGUUGAAACAUUUUAUUUACAAAGUUUGGUAAUUGUGAUUUAUAUAGCAUUAUUACACCAGAUCAAGACAAUAUAAGUAUUAGUCUGUUUCCCUUCAUCAAAAUAAUACUAUAACAGCUGUCAUCAUAUUUUCCUGUUUACUCAAAACUUAUUAUAAACAAUUUCUAUAAGAUUCAGAAUAGUCUAAAGAUGGAAAUUUACAUGUUAGUAUUAUAUCUCAUCACAUUGAAUGCAUGUUUCAUCCAAUUUUUAAUUUGGAUUUUUCAUUGAAUAGUGAUAUGCAAAUUAUUAAAGAAGUUUUUUUUCAAUUUUUUUCCAGUGGAACAGACUGUUAUAUUAAUAUUUUCAUUUCAAUAAUUCUAAUGUUUUUAUCACUCUAAAAUGCAUUUACUUAUGUAUCGUAACAUGAUUUUAGCUUCCAAAAUGCACAAUUCUUAUAGUAUAAAGGCUCAAAUUAAGGAUACAUGUAGCAAAUCUCUGUAGUCAUUCCAUUUAUUGCAAAUAAACAGAGCUAUUAUAGGCAAAGAAAUCACUGUGGUCAUUUUGAUUGUAAAUAAAAAUUAGUCCCAAUCUAUUAAUAUAAUUCUAUAAAUAGACAUGGGAUAUUAAUCAAACUUAACUGUGAUGUAUACUUAACUACUAGGUGCUUUCAAUUUUCGGUGUAUCAGAGAUAAAUGAUGUCUUAAUUAAUUAAAUUAUGUUAAAUGGCAUUUUUUUUGUUAUUAUGAGAUUAUUCCCAUAUCUAAUUUUCAAACCAAAUCUUUAAUAUGUAGUAUCAGUGCUGUAUUACUUUGGUAGUGCUCUGUAUGAAAGUGUAAGUUGUGGCUGUGAUUUUUUUUAUAUAUUUAUUCAAUGUUUGAUCUUUCUUUUUGUAUAUAUCUAGUAAUAUUCAUUUCACCUUAUAAUAUUCAUUUGUGAGGCAUUCAUAUAGAAGGUCUAAUUGAUGCUGCAGACUCUAAUGUUUAAUUGAGAAUUUAGUCAAGUGGAAAUUAUUGAAAGAAUAGAUUACAAAAUUAACAGAAGAAUAAGCUCCCCAAAAUUAAUAAAAUUGCAAAAAAAUAAGGUAUCUUAACCAUAUAUAGUUGAUACUUAUAUUGGGGAUUGAGUAAAUGUUAGAUGCCAUAAUAAUAUUAUACAUUUUGUUUACAUUUUGAUAUUAUUCUACAGUCCACUUAUUAGGUAAUUUAUCUGUUUGUUGAAUAAAAUCAAAGUUAGCAAGUCUUUAUAAUAUAACUGUCCAGUGCUUUUAGUAUUUGGUUUUAUUGUAAACUUUUUUUUUAAAUUCUUGUAAGUGUUACUAAAUCAGUACAGAAAUGAUGCUAUAAAGAAUGCUAUGAGUAUUUUUUUAUUCUUUAAUUAUGCAUAAACUUUUUAGGGGGAGGGUUAAAACUUUGCUUUGAAUGACUUUAUAUUUGAUGUUACUAAAUGAUUGAAUUGGUGUAUAUAUAUUAUUGUUAAUGUGUACAGAAGUUUGAAAAUUAGAUAUGGCAGUUGUUGUAAUCAUGUGAUAUUGUUAUGUCUGUAUAUUUUUGUAUUGAUCUGCUGCAGUCAUUGUCUCUUGUAUGCACAUUUAUGGAGUACAACAAACAAAUAAAAUUUCAUGGCAUGAUAUUACAGAAGUACCUGAAACAUAAGUUCUUUUUUUUCCAUCAAGUUCAGGCAUCCAUCCAACAGAAUGAAGAGUCGAAUGAUGUUUCACAAGACAUAUAUUGAAACAUACUAAAUUAAAAAAAAAAUAUAACUUAUUUUUUUUUUUAUAGUCAAAUCUGCUUGGUGUACUCCAUAUUUUCACUUUAUUAUAAAAUGAUCUCAAAAUCAUAAGCAGCUGUAUAUCACAUUGUCAUUAUAUCAUUACAGUCCAUGACAUUUAAUUCAUUGUAGCAUGGAAGUAAUAUUGAAAGGAAUAACAACGUCGUCACUUCAAAGGUUUCAUCCGCGUUACCGCCCAUCUUUCGAUAACUCGUUAAUUGGUUUAAUAUAUGGCAUGGUAAUUGACUCUCGACAUGUGAUAGAUCAAAUCACUGACACUUUUCGGUCAUUUUCGUGUUCCCGGAAUUUUACGAAUAGACCGGUUGUUGUCGUAUAUAUGUUCGAAGUAACCCGAAUAGUUCACUUGUUACAUUCCGCUGCUGUACGCUACCGAAUAGAGUCAGUCGUUCAAUGUUGAUUUAGUCUAUUUUCCCUAUUUAUGUCUUUUUCGAUCUUAAUAGUUUAGGCCGACAGUUAUCACAUAUGGAAUUUAAAAAAAGGGUGGAUCAUUUUCGAUUUUAAUAUCUAAAACCAGUUAAUUAAGAAGCCAUUUCUGAAAGUUAAGAAGAUGAUUGUACAAAAAAUAUGUUUCGACUCCCUUUUAUUAAAUACGAACAAAUCCAAGUCGUUCGUGUAUACCAGGCAAUUUAAAUAUUCACAAUUUUAAACGUUUCUAUUCUUUAAUUUGUACAUAAACUAAUUCAUAUACAAUAAAUUUGCGGUUAGACAGAUAGUGUCAAGCUCAUUUUGUUUGGGUGAUUUCUUUUUUGCUGUAACGUGCUACAUUAAUAUUAUUAUUCAAUUGUAAACACUUUUUUAAAACAUAUAAAUUUAACAUGUUUACGAACUUAUCAUCCCGAUUUUAAUUGUCCAGUUUCAAUAAUGUAAUCAAUUACUUGAAAGUAAAUAUUUUUAUAAAUCUCGAUAAACUUGGCACAUUUCAACAGUAAAAUAUUCUAUGUCUACAUUUGUCUACAUUAUUUUGUUCAACAUCAUGUGAAACCUGAUCGCUUCAUCGUUAUUACCUGUUUUACUCAUGAUCCGCUUUUACCCGGAAAACACUUUUAAAUCAGUUUAAAACAAACAGUGAAAAGCAAAAAUAUGCAAAAAUAAAUAUAAUUGUCCAUGUUAAACUGUUGUAGUUUAAACAAUUCUAGUCCGUUUUUCAAGUUUUUUACAUCAUUCGAUUUCUUUUUGAAGGUAGAAGUUUUAUAUGAUACAGCGCCACUUUGUUAUUAAUAAACUAGGGAUUUCCCACAGGUGAUUUAUAAUUACCGGACUCGAUAAAAUCACGUGACUGAUAAGAAAUUCCAGAUGCCAUUUACAACCGCGGUAUCACAGAUAGUAACCAAAGGGGUCUUGCCGCUGAGACUAUAAUUGGAUAAAAUCAUAUGACUUUAGUACAGAGCUCUGCAGGCCAUAAAUACAUGAUAAUUAGUCGUUGUUAUUCCUUUUAAAUAUUACUUCCAUGAUUGUAGCAUGUCUGAUAGAAUGUCCUUAUAAUAAAUUUUUUUUCACAUCUGAAUAUCUACUAAAUUGUUUAUACUUUUGAUAACAUAACUUUGUUAUCCUUUAUGUAAUAGUGUCAAAUUGACAUUUUUAAUUGGCAACAAAUAUUUUAACCUAAAUUUCUCACAGCUUUUCAAGUCAAAUAUAUAUUUCAUAUGGUAAAAAUACAUGUUGGUUCUUAUUUCUAAUUUUUUUCAAGAUGUAUUUAAUUUACAAUUCAAUGUCUCCAAAAAAAAAAAGAGAGAGGAAUUUGAGAGAAAUUUUAUUCAAAGAAAGUAUAUAAAAGCUUAGAAGGAAUUGCAGGAAUAUUUGUGCAUUUGUAUCUAAGAUAGUAUGCAAGUAUUCCUCUAUUGUAACUCAAAUGAUAAAAAAAUGAGACAUCUUUGAUCAGAAAAUGCAAUUAAUUUGUAGGAAUUUUAUUUAUUUCAAUUUUGUAUUUUGAUCUUACAGAAAUAUAUUAUAAAAGAUAUAUACAGAAAUUGUUUGAUUAUUUAUGAAUUUAAAAUGAUCUUGAAUAAUAAUUGGAGAUAACUUAGAUUAUGUAGACUUAUAAAAGGUUGUACUGUACUGUGAAUUUAUUCAUUUUGUUAUGUAGCAAGAAAACAAUAAUGGGAAUCAGUUUUUUCUUCUUAUUGUGUUAAAUAAGACUUAUCUUCUAGUAUUAAUUUCAAAAUUCUAUAAUUUAGUAUUUAUUCCAGUCAUACAUAAGUGCUUUUCCCUAGCAAAACAUUUGCAUUUUGCACAACUUGCAACUUUUAUACACCUUAUCGCUGUUUAUUCCAAUGCGGAUAAGUUCUGAAAUUACACAACUUUUCCAUGACGUCACAAUCCAGUUGAAGCUAUCUGGGGCCCUGUUUAAACAAUGUAUUGCUCAUAAAACUUUUCAAAGAGACAUCUUUAUAACACUUCAAACAAAGCAUUUUUAUGACUUUAAGUUGUGUUUCACAGAAAUGGAUCAUAAUAUAUCAAAAUUUCAAAAUGUUCACUUUCUAAACUUUUUCCUCCCUCAGCCCAUUACUGAUGACCUUUGUUUUUGCGACACUUGACCAAAACAGGAAGUUGUCUAAGUGACUGUUUUUUUCCGGAAUGGUCUAAAUAACGAUAAGGUUUAUUGAAAUAAGGCUGUUGACAUAUUUUUUUUAAAUGUAUUUUUGGAAAUUGCAUAAUAUGAACUAUAUUUUGGGAAAAUAGUCCAUAUUUUUUGUUUAUACUCUAAUACUACCUUAAGACACAUUUUAGAAUACAUAAUGCAUCUUAAAAACCAUAAAAUUGUUGUUUAAAUUUUGAAAUAUCUAACAAGAGUUAAAAAAAAUAUCACAAGCCUCCCACUUCAUAAGAUCAUAAGUUUUAGAUUAAAUAAUGCUGUACGUCAUACUUUUAUAUUUUCUGAUAUUUUUCUUCUUCAUAUUUGCAUACAUUGUAUAUUAAUUUUUAACUAUUUCUGUUAAGCAAGUGUGUAUAUUUUCUCAUUUCUUUUUUUCCAGUUCUGGUUGAACUAUAACAUAGAAAUGGUAAUUCCAAAUUUUCUAAACAUUUUAAAACCACUAUAUUACAGAAUUGCAUGUAUAAGGGACCAAAUCCUUUUGUGUCACAAUAAAGAGGACAACAAAUAAUUCAGUUAGAUCAGCAAGUUUUCUUUUGUUUGAAUUUUGUUUAGUUUAUGAUAUGUAUAAAUAUUGAGUCUAAUGAAUUAAUGCUUGUGUUAGUAAUAAAAAUGAAACCUAAUAUUCAAUUUUUUUUUACCUAAUUUUCCUUGUAACAUUUUGAUAAUUACAAACUGAAUUGUCACGUUAUUCAACAACAAUUAAGAAUCUUCUCUUUUUCCUUGUUGACUUAGUACUAAACAGUGAUAGUAAGGAAAAGUUUGUAUUUUUUCUAUAUUUUUUUAUAAUUAAGUUUUCACUAAAUGGUGUUUAUAUGGUAGUAAAUCAUUUAUUUUUUCACUUAUUUAUAGGAGAAUAUUUUUGUAAUAUUUCAUUUAAUCAUUAUACAAUGUGAUAGUUCAUUGCUGUGUUACAACUAGUCACUGCCUGUAUAUAAAUGUAGUAGCUAUUCUUCAUUCAUGCAUAUUAUAGAUGUUUCAGCUAAAACUGAAGUAAAAAGACAGAAAACUUG